GGAAAUGGCUCUGUAAUCCUGUACGAAAACUCAGCCAUGGAAGGUUGGAUAGGACAACCGCCGAUACUGGGAAUAUAUAUGGCAAAAAAUACUCUUGCUCAGAGUCUAAGGUUGUGAUUAGUAAAGAAGAGAUGGGAAAUAAGACUUCAUCGCCUGGACCACCGCUGACUACUGCUAGUGAAGAGUGUGACAGUGAAAUUCAAACAGAAGUAAAUGAAAAUGAAGAUAAUGUAUUCAUUACUCAUGAAGAGGAGAAAUCUCCAGAUGUGACAUCCAGUGUAGAGACUAGUACUGCUGUUGAGUCUGUUGAAAAUGCAAGCGAACUGUCUUCUCCAGGAAAUGUGCUUUUAGAGAAGUCUGAAGAGCAGGAUGAAAUAUCAAAUGAAGGUAGCUCUUCUGAAGUUGCAGAUCAAAUGAAUGAUCCACAAGUAUGUUUAGACGAAGAGCAUGAGAAAGCAUUAAUCAAGCGAAAGUUUGUUCUUCAGGAACUGGUUAAUACAGAAAAAGAUUACGUUCGAGAUCUGGGUUACUUAGUUGAGGGCUACCUGAAGUUGAUGAGAAAUGAAGAAAUUCCUGUUCCAGAAGAUCUCAAAAACGGAAAAGAUAAGAUAGUAUUUGGAAACAUUGAAGCAAUUUAUGAAUGGCAUCGAGAUUCGUUUUGUGCUGAAAUUGAGAAGUGCUUAGAAGAGCCGCAGCGGUUAGGUCUUCUGUUUCGGCGGUAUGAAAGACGACUAAACAUGUAUGUUGUUUACUGCCAGAACAAACCGAAAUCCGAAUAUAUUGUAUCUGAAUAUCUUGACACAUUCUUUGAGGAAGCUCGGCAAAAGUUAGGACAUAAGUUACAGUUGCCUGAUUUACUCAUUAAGCCUGUUCAAAGAAUAAUGAAAUAUCAGUUGCUUCUAAAGGAUAUUUUGAAGUAUACAGAAAAAGCAGGCCUUGAAGAAGAGGCUCAAAAUCUAAGAAAAGCUGUUCAAAUUAUGCAUAUUGUUCCAAAAUCUGCCAAUGACAUGAUGAAUGUAGGUCGACUGCAAGGCUUUGACGGUAAAAUAACUGCACAAGGAAAACUUUUACAGCAGGGCGUGUUAUUAGUUUCUGAUCCGUCAACUGGCAAAAUGAAGGAAAGACAAGUGUUUCUUUUUGAACAAAUCAUAAUCUUCAGUGAUGCUGUUGGUCCAAAAACACAGUUUUCUACCCCUGUCUAUAUUUAUAAGAAUCAUAUUCAGGUUAAUAAAAUGGCACUUGAAGAGCAUUCUGAGGAUGGAGAUCCUACUAAAUUUGUGCUCAAAUCAAAAGAUCCGUUACAAGCUGGAUUGGCUUUUGUUAUUCAGGGGAAAACUACCGAAGACAGAAAUGAAUGGGUAUCUAAUAUAAGAGCUAUUCUAGAUACUCAGCUUGAUUUUCUUAGAGCUUUGCAGUCUCCAAUAGCAUAUCAAAAGGAAUUAACCAAAGAUAUUUCUGCACCAGAAUUAGGCUCAUUAUGGAAUCCUUCCUUAAGAAAAACGCUCUCACACCCAGCAGCAGCUCACAAGUCAGUUAAGCUAACAAGUGCUGCUUCAGGAGCCUCUCUUACCUCUAAAUCUCUGAGGUAUCCAGGACGGGACAAAAAAGCUCGAUCGACGGAUACUGUUGAAGCAAAAAACACAACAGUUUCUAUCGGAAGUGCCAGAGAAGCUGCUGAUAAACCUCUGGAAUCUCAAUCACAGAGCUUAGCGGUGCCAUCAGUGCUCGGAAAUCAAGACAGUGAAGUUCCAAGUCCAAAUAAAAUUUCUGACAAUGUAGCUGAGAGUUCUGAUAGGCAGCGCAAAAACUCUUUGCCUCUUGAGAAGCGUGCAAACUUAGCACAACAGAGCCCUCCCAAAAGUAAGAGAAACUUUUUUGAAGGCUUUAGAAAUACUCUACGACCAAAGUCUAAAACAGAGUCUGGAUUAAGUAGUGUUAAUGGUAAUGCUCCUGUUUCUCUUAGCUCCAGUCACAGUUUAGAUUCAUCCACAGUUUCAGCACAACUACAUGUCAGGCAAGAUGCUAGUUCAAAUCAAGAUGGUGAUAUGGUAAGAAGGUGGUCUGAGACAAACUCUUCUCGGUCAGUCCGACCGAGCUCUGUUUCUGAUCUCCCAGAUGACGCUGCACAUUAAGUAUUAGAAUGUAAAUUUUUACUGCUUUUAACAUCAGUUAUUCCACUGUUAUCAGUCACUGGUGCUUAGUAGCAAUUAUUUUGCUUUACCUUACAUCAUGACUGCUAAAUAAUUUUAUUGUGUUGAGAUUUUGACAACCAUUUUGUGAACCUUUUCGAAUUUUUUUAGCAUCUUGUUCUGUUGUAAAAUAUUUUUUAAAUAGGGUUUAAUGUACAUAACAGAAAAUACUUCAUAAAUGUUUCCUCCCUUUCUACACUGAGAUGCAGUUACAUUGUCAUGAAUGUCCCAGUGCUUCCCGUAUUAUUGAUUGCUGAAACUUAAUUUUAUUGAUAUGUUUAUGUAUUUCAUUUUAUAUAUUUUGUAUAUAGAUUAUUUUAAGUAAUAGCAAAUUUAACAUGUAAUAUACUUAUAAAUAACUUCAGCAAGUUUAUGUAAGGUACAAUGUACCUUUGUGCGAAGUCAUUUAAUAUUUUACUGUGUUGUAAACAUUGAGUUGCGAAUACUUCUGAGAUCAUGAGCCGUAAAAUGUAAUUUGUAUUUUUACAAAUUUGAAUAAAUUUAAAUACCGAACUUACAUAGCUGAUUUCAUUAUAAAAUGCCUAAAUUCAAUGUUUACCUCCUUUCAUGUUUUAUUUAUUAUAUUUCAGUGCAUGGAAUACUUACACUUCACCAAAGUCUUAUGUUAGCACAAGAAUGUAUGAACCUGUUGCAUCACUGAUACAUGCAUGAUAUUGAAUCAAAAGUGUUAGCUCAAUACUGACUACCUCAAGUUAUUACCAGAAAAAAUAUUUUCAAUUGCAUGAUAGUCAGUGUAAUACACAUUUCAUUAUUUCUGAAGUUAAUUUCAGCUAAAUUUUAUUAUCUGAUUGUGUUGAUUCUUUUCCUUUAUGCUACAAGAAUGUUCCUUUUUAUACCAUUUACUUUUUUCAAUCUCCAAGUACUGCCCUAUCAUUGUAGAUGUAUGUUUUUCCCGUUCUCAUUUUCUUUUAAUAAGCAUCUCGGUCAGUUUGAUGCUUCAGCAAUUUCUCUUUUGAGUUAUUUCAUUAAAAUUUGCUUGGAAAAUUCCAAAUAUUGCAUAUAUUAAAUUAGCAUAAAUGAGUGAAAUUGAUGAAUUUCAUGAAAAGCUAGUGUUAAGAAAAGAACAACAGUUUAAAUAUUCAACUUGCGAACAAUUCUUUCAGCAUGGUAUAGCUGUUACCUUUAAAUGAAAAAUUGUUUUUUAGUGAAACAAAGUUGAAUCAUUUAAUAACUGAAGAGUUUAUUCAUAUUUGAACUUUGUUUUUUUGCACAUGUAAUGAUUAUUAGCAACAACAUGAAGUAAACUUCAUUUCUGUUAUUGCUCAAAUGAUAUUUGUGAAUACAUUUUUCGUGUAUCAUAUUCUUUGUAAGUGUAGUUAUGUAGCAUUAGGUAAGUGCCUUUUUAUAAUUUUAAUUAAUCCUUUGUAAAAUAACUUCUUCUGACAUGCUUACUUUGCGACGUUAAAAUGUAUAAUUUUUCUUAAAUGUUUAUAGAUCAUAUUAGAUGAAGUUUUUGUGCCAUAAAAUAACUCCGCAUUUUAGAGUUGAUAUCACAUGUGUCAAAGCUUUAUUAUUCUUCCUUUAAUUCAUGACAUCUUAAAUGACUGUCUGUGCUUAUUUAGUAAUCACUUUUGUAGCAACUUGUGUGCCUAGAAUUCCAAUUUGUUAUUAGUAUUUGAAAGUGUUUGAUUAUAAUAAAUGGUUUCCACCAAAAUAUACUUAAUGAAAAUCUAGUGAAUCAUUUCUGUGCCUAAAUUUUAUAACAUACAGCUUUUGCUUCUAUGUGUAUUUCAGCUUCUAAAUUCUAAAUCAUCCAAAUGUAAAAUCUUCAAAUUUGUAUUUCCAAGUAAAAUACGAAACAUUUUCAUUUAAACAUAAUUAGGAUAAAAUGUAAUUGGUUCAGUGAACUGCAAUUUUGUAAUUUCAGAUUAUUUAAUGGUGCAAUAAAGUUACUGUUUAUUGUAUUAAAAAUGUAAAUGUGUUAUUCUGUUGAAUGCAUUUAACACUUGCAUUGUCUCAUUUUUUGUAAUUUUAUUUUGUAUAUUAUUGUGUUUGGAUCAAAUAAAUGCAUUUAAUGCACUAACCAAGAAUAAACGUGAUCUAAAUGUACUUGUAUUAGUUACAUCUACGUGACUGGGCAAUUCAUGACAAUUUUCUUGAAUGAACUUGAACUGUGAUGCAAAGCAAGUUGAAUGGCUGUGUGUUAAGUAUGAAGGAUAUGCAUAUAGUGAAACGUCUUUAUCAUGAGAUUUGAGAAACUUAUACCUUUAUGAAUUUUAUUUUUAUUGCAAUAGAAAAAACAUCUUGUCAGGUUCUGUAUACACAAAAUGUUUGUCUUAAGCAACUUCAGAUUACCUGCCCUUUAGUAAACAUAAUGUUUUUUUAAUUGUUACUUAGGUAUAAGAUUAUUAUUCUGCAUUUAGAUGGCUAAUUGCCUCUGAUACUUGAUUUUAGAUUAUUUUUUAACCUGUAAAUGAUAUGUUCAUUGUUUUACUCAUAACUUGAUGCUCUUUAGUAGCAUCCAUAUGCUCAACAGCACUAGAAAAUAUAGUUAUUUCCCUUGUGUCUCCAAUGAUGGCAUCUUAACCUGAGCUGUAUUUACCUAACUAUCAUGUAGCACUAAAUGAUGAUUCAGCAAAAAUUUGUUCAUGUAAGAUAAAUAUAAAAAACUCUAAAAAUUCUAUAAGCAAGCAAGGUAUCUGUCUUGUACAUGCAGUGUCUUGAUGUUAAUUGUUGAAUGUUUAAUUUCUUAUGGAAGGUUGCUCAAAAUGUUAUUGAUGUAUAACCAGAUAUUUAUUUAAGAAUUGUUAUGCAACAAUGAUUUCUUAUAAUUUGGUUGAAAAAGGGCUGUGAUCAAUGGGAUAAUCACACUGAAUUAACAUUGAUUAUCUUUAUAAAGCUUUAAGGAAUCAAUAAAACUCCUACCUUUGUUAAUACAUUAAUUUUUUAUUGCAGAUUUCAGAAAUAUGGUAUAAUAAAAAGUCAAGCAUUUUUGUAGA